AUGGCUGGGUCAGCGACGCCCGGUGGAGGCCCUCCUCCGCCGCCUGCAGGGCCGCCGACACAGAAAGUCAGCGACGUCAUAACAAGCUUCCGGCCUCAGAGGCGCUUCAAAUCCGGCGGCCAGGGCACCGCCGUCACCUCGCUCGACUUUGACGACUCGGGCGAGCUAGCCAUUGUCGCACGCGACGACGACACGCUCCAGAUUUACAAUUGCAAAGAAGGCAAGCACGCCAAGGAGCUCAAGAGCCAGAAGUACGGCGUGCAUCUGGCGCGUUUCAGUCACCAUGCGCAGAGCAUCAUCUACGCCAGUACAAAGGUCGACGACACCAUCCGCUUCCUCUCCACACACGACAACUCGUACAUCCGCUACUUCAAGGGCCACAGCGACACCGUCACCUCCAUUGCCCUGUGUCCGUCCAAGGACGAUUUCAUAAGCUGCUCAAAAGACAAUACGGUGCGCUUGUGGAAUCUGCAAUCGCCAAACUAUGUCGGUCUGCUUAACCUUCACGGACCCUACCUUGCUGCCUACGAUCCUUCUGCCACCGUCAUUGCCAUCGCCUCACCACCUACACAAAACGUCCUCCUCUACGAUAUGCGCAACUACGACAAGCCGCCCUUUGCCACCUUCGACAUCCUCGACAUGGAGCAACGCUUCAUGGGAGGCCAGAAGGUCGACUGGACCAAGAUUGAGUUCACCAAUGACGGCAAGAGUUUGAUCAUUGCGACAAACGGAAGCGGUCACUUCGUCCUCGACGCCUUCUCAGGCGACUUGACACAUUUCUGCUACCGCAAAACUGGCUCCUCGGGACGUCUCCCACCCAGCGCCUCCACUACAAAUACCACGGGCGCAAAGCCCGAUGGUCAUACUCCGGCAAAUGGACAGGGCGAUGUGUGCCUUACUCCAGAUGGCAAGUUCCUGAUUGGAGGCAGUGGGGAAGACGGCCUCCUAGUCUGGGACAUUUCCAAGCCACCAACGCCGAAUAAUAUGCUUGAGCCUAUGGAGAAGCUUCCAGGACAGGGCAAGAGCGCUGUUGUUGGUUACAAUCCGAGGACCAACCUGCUGGCGACUGCGGAUAAAGAUCUAUAUCUCUGGCAGCCGGAUCCCGAUCUCAUGAUCUGA